GCUGUACCACUAGACGAUUGGCGGGCUUUGGCGCGUGCCAUCACUCGAGUGUCGCUUAUUAAAGCAGUCAUUCGUUACCGGGCUUUGUGACGAAGCGCCGGUGUUUUUGAGCUAUUUUCUGGCGGGAGUUAUUUGCGUGGUAGUUUGUUUACAUGCGUACAGUCGUGAUGACAUUAAUGGCGCAGUGAUUAUGAAAUUAUCGGUUACGUGGUGCACAUGACUUUAUCUGACUGAGUCGUAUUGUAUCAACGUUCAUUAUUUGAGAUCGGCCAAUGUAUUAUGAGAUUGAUGGAAUUCUACUGAUGCAAUCUGAAGUAUUUACCAAGCUCUUCAGGACUGGAGGAAAUAAAACGGAGUCGUAAAUCACCGGAUUACAUUAUUAGCAGGGAUGAGCAGCGUGGCGGCGGAACUCUGAGAAUAGAAAUUCUCUUGGGCUAGCGGCUACAGAGCAGAUAACAACAAAACAACAGGGACUUCUGGCAGCCUACACCUCACAAAGCAUCAGAACGAAGCGAUGCGUCUAUGUGCUAUGGUGAUGCUCAGUUUGGUGGAGGAAUUUAAGCAGGACAACUCUGAAGAUGAAAGGUGAAUCUACCGGUAUAAGCUGUUUAUAUGAUGAUUAACAGUUAACCUGUUCUAAAAUUGAUGGUUGAUGGUGUAGAGAAAUAUGGCUGUUUCAAAACAACUCUAAAUAACUCUAGUUGUGAGAGGAUCUCAGAAUUAAUGGACACCUUGGUGCCGACAUCCACACCCCACCCAUAACCUCCCUUCACCUCCUGUUUUUUCUCUUCAACUGACCUCCUCACAAAGUUGAACAAAAUUCUUCAGCCUACUUGCCCCAGUGGGGAAGAUGGAAACUAUAAAUGUGUGGAACAUGUAAAAAUGUUUGCUGAACAGUCUACAAUUUUGCCAACAGAAUUGGCUGUGCUUGAGCUGCCCUUAAAACUCUAACCUUUUGGAGAGCGAGGUGCGAAGAUGUUGAUGUGUUUGUGUUGCAAGGGGAGAGAAGUAAUUCAUGUCCCAAGGAGUGGAGACUUAUAAGUGACAUGUGGACAACAUUACUUGAAGAUAAAUUGUGACAUGGUAAAUCCCAGUUUAUUACGAAAAACCACUUACGACAAGCAUAUUGUAAAUCUUCUGCACCGCUGGUCACUGACUGAAGUCACUCAACCGCAUCGCACUUGAAGACGAGAAAAAGAAAGAAAGAAGAAAGACCAAUGAGAAACGUCACAAUGACAAACCUGAAGUCCCGCCCCAUUGAAUACUCGGCUAUGGAAGCGAACACAUCGCCUGCGAUGUCGGGUGGGAAAACCGCAGCCAACUCUUCCGGCGAGAGUGUCUUCACACACGUGGAUAGAGAGAAGGGGAAAGAGGAGGCAUGUGGAUGGGGGCCGUUCACCCCCAGGACCUGUCAGCGUUUUAGGAACCCCAUCUGUGUUCUUUUCUGGCUGUGCUGGGCGUCGGCCAUUCAGGGAGUAGUUGUCAACGGGUUCGUCAACGUCGUCAUAUCAAGCAUCGAAAAACGCUUCGAGAUCAGCAGCACCGAAUCGGGAGCGAUCGCCAGCUGUUACGACAUCGCUGCUGUCCUCUCCUUAAUUCCGGUCACCUACUUCGGUGGACUCGGCUUAAAGCCGCGAUAUCUCGGCAUCGGAAUAUUUAUCCUCGGUGUGGGCUCAUUUGUUUUUUCCCUCCCCCACUUCACGACGGAUCUCUACCGUGUGUCUCACACUUCGGAGAACUUGUGUUUACCUGGUGUGAACCAAACGAGCCUGUGUGAUACGAACACACCCCAGAGUCUAUCAAAUUAUAAAUAUGUCUUCUUCCUGGGGCAGCUGCUACACGGGGCAGGGGCCUCUCCUCUCUAUACGCUCGGAGUCAACUACCUGGAUGAAAAUCUUCCGCCGCGUUCGUCCUCGUUUUAUAUUGGAAUAUUUUAUGCACUUGCAAUUGUGGGACCUGCCAUUGGUUACGUGGCAGGUGGGGAAUUUCUUAAAAUGCACACAGACAUAGGAGCUACAGAUACUUCAAAUCUGUCGUUUGGCCCAACUAAUCCUCGCUGGGUGGGAGCCUGGUGGAUUGGUUUCCUCAUCACAGGUUUCUUAGCAUUCUUCAUCUCUGUACCACUGGCUGGCUUUCCUCGAUCUCUCCCAGGUGCGAGUAAAUACCAGUCUGAGCGAGGGAAGGAGGUGUACGUAAAGAAAGGAGGAAAUAACGAAGUCGAGAAAGUGGGCAACAAGAAAAGCUUCAAAGAUCUACUACUAUCUAUAAAACUACUUGUGAUUAACCCAACGUUUAUGUUCCUCAACUUGGCCGCAGCCAGUGAAGGUAUUCUUCUGAGUGGAUUUUCAACAUUUGGUCCAAAGUUUGUUGAAGCUCAGUUCAGCUUGCCUUCAUCAAGUGCUGCCCAAUACAUAGGUUUUGCGGCUAUCCCGGCUGGAGGCGGUGGCACGUUUCUAGGCGGUUACUUAGUGAAGCGGUUUAAUCUGAAGAUGCGUGGGAUAAUUCGGCUGUGUAUGAUUGCCUGUGCUGUCGCCUUUUUAACAAUUUUUGUCUUCCUGAUCAACUGUGAGAACGUUCCGUUUGCCGGCAUCAACGUCAAUUACGGGGACACGUCAAAGACCAGCAUGGCUUUUCUUGGAGGAAAGCUAGAUGAUUCCUGUAAUGCUGGGUGUGGGUGCACAGAAGACGAGUACCUACCAGUGUGUGGAAAAGAUGGAACGCUGUAUUUCUCACCAUGUUAUGCUGGCUGUGGCACUAUUUUAAAGGAACCGGAGCAGACAUACACUAACUGCAGCUGUAUUAACUUUGUUGAGACGAAUUCAACGCCAUUCUCUGCAGAGUUUGGAAAGUGUGAGAGUUCCUGCAAAUGGCUUCCACUUUUCAUGCCUUUCUUUGGAAUCACCAUCUUGUUUACUUUUAUAUCGAGUAUGCCAGCUCUGUCAGCAACACUAAGAUGUCUUCCCGAGCAGCAGAGACCAGUUGGUUUGGGAAUUCAGUGGAUCAUUGCGAGAUGUCUUGGCUCUAUCCCGGGACCCAUCCUGUUCGGCAAGAUGAUCGACUUGACCUGUGAACUCUGGCAGAAGCGGUGCGACGAGCAGGGUUCGUGUUUCUUCUACAACAACCGACAGAUGAGCUACAACAUGCUGGCGCUCGGACUCGUCCUCAAGUUUCUCUCGUUCGUAUUCUUCCUUCUCGCUCUCCUCUUCUACCGCAGCUCACCGCAGGCCGACCACGGAAACAAAGACGAAGGAAUAUCGAUGAGUCGAUCCACGCUGAACACGCAGCUAGCCGAGACCCCGGCGAUGGAGCGACAGAAGGACGGCAAUGGGAUAGAGAGAAAGAAGGAUGGUGAAGGGACAGAGAGACACAAGAAUGGGGAGGUGCCAACCGGAGCGGAAACCGUUCCAGAAGUGAGAGUGGAACCCAGCAAAAAUUCUUUGAGUGGUGGGAAAAAAGUGACGUCUGCCGAUAAAGUAUCACCUGAUGGCAAAAAUAAUAACAAAGUGUCUCCAGAUGUAUCGAAUGAUUUGACAAAUGAAGUGAUCUCAUAGUUUUGUACAGUUGUGAUACAUUUUGUUUAUAGCGUUAUAUAGAUGGAGAUAUAUUAUGUUUGUAUAUAUAUAUAUAUAUAUAUAAAACAGAGAGAGAGAGAGAGAGAGAGAGAGAGAGAGAGAGAGAGAGAG